AUGAUCAAUAAUAAUAGCAAUAAUAAUAAUAAUAGUCAAAGGGUUAUUUUUAGUCAAGGUGGAAUACAAGAGUACCAAUCUCGAUCCAUUGAUUAUUUUAAUAAGGAAAAAUAUGUAGACUCAAUGAAAAUGUUAAAUGUAUUACUGGAAAUAAAUCAAAAUGACUUGGUCGCAUUAUGUAAUAGAGCUACAUGCAACUAUAGAUUAGAAUUGUAUAAGCAUUGUAUCAAAGAUUGUGAUAUGGUAUUAAAUAAUGAACCUAAUAACAAAGUUGCAUUGUUAAGAAAAGCCAAAGCAUUAAAACAAAUUUCAUCAACUUAUCCCAAUGCAAUAGAGGAAAUAGAGAAAUUAAAGAGGCAGUCAAAUGAAUCAUGGGGUUACAUGUCAAUAAAUUUGGAUGACGGUGACGACCCAGAUGACGGUUUGAAAGACGUACAAACAUUACUAUGGGCCAACCAUACAAAAAAACAAACAUCUCCAAUAAUAAGUAACAACAAAUCUGUUUUUGUUUCAACAUCCCAAAAUGGGUCACCAAUGAUGCAAACUGAUAGUCCAUUUUAUGGUCAAAUUAAUGAAGCUGUUAUAUCCCCACUAAUGGUAGAUAGAGGUACACCAAAUGUAAACGGAGCAAAUAUAGGAAAUUAUAAUACCUGUUCACCCAAUUUCAAUAUAGUUAAUGAUAGCGAAGCCAGUGAUAUUGUAGAGCAGCUUUUAUAUGAAAAUGAAUACAAUGGCCAUAUAAACAACAACAAAAGAAAGCAAGCAGAUUUCAAUGGUUAUAGUGAUGAUGAUGAUUGCAUUCAAAAUGUACACAACCAAAAGAUAACAAAAUCAGAUUCUAUGGAAGAGUUAAACAAAUUAUUGGAGCAGUUGUCAACUGAAAAUAUAGCCACACUGAUAUCCAACGGUAACUUUUUUGUAAACUCGGGUAAAUAUAAGGAAGCAAUUGCCAUCUUUACAACUGUAAUAGAAAAUAACCCAUUAAUACCAUCAUCUUAUCUGGGAAGAGGCACAUCAAAUGCAUUCUUGGGGGAUUUGGAUGAGGCUAUCUAUGAUUUUUCCAAAGCCAUUGAAUUAGACAACACAUCAUCUGAUGCUUAUAAACGUAGGGGCCAAUCAAAGGUUGCAAGAGGUAUGGAGUAUGAGGCAUUAGAAGAUUUCAAUCAAGCGGUGGCAUUUGACAAAGAGUCAGACUAUGAUAUUUAUUACAACAGAGGUCUUUUACAUUAUCAAAUGAGAAAUUAUGAAAGGGCAUUAAAGGACUUUAAAAAGGUAGUUUCAAUAGAGCCACAGCAUACAUUGGCAUGGAAUCGUAUUGGCUUAUGCUUAAAUGUUAAUGGAUAUCCAAUGGAAGCUUAUAAUGCAUUUUUACAAUCAAUCAGUAUUGAUCCUAAUUUCGAAGCGUCUUAUACAAACAUUGGCCAGUGUUGGAGAGAUUUAGGUAUUUUUGAUAAAUCAUUAGAAGCAUUCAAUAAGGCAUUAGAGAUUUGUCCAAACUAUUGCAAUGCACUUCAUCUCAGAGGUUUAUUAUUUUAUAACUCGGGCCGCCACCUUGACGCAAUUAAAGAUUGGUCAAUAUUUUUACAAGAGCAACUUCAAAAAGAAAAAGAACCAAAUGGUACAAUCCAACCAAUUGACCCAUCUACCAAUGAUGUUAAACAGUUUAGAGCCGUCACUUAUCACAGUUUAGGUCAAAUUAGAGAAGCUUUGAAUGAUUACAAUGAUAUAUUAAACAAGUCACCAUUGCACUAUGUAUUCUAUCAAAAAGAAAUUGCAUUGUUUACUCAUCAUCACUUGGAUCAACCCUUAAAUACCUUUAGUAUUGAUCGAUCAUUUAACCCCUAUCUAAAGACAUUCCAAUGCCAACGUAUUGCACAUACAUCACUUGUAUCCUACCAACCACAACCAUCAAUUAAUGAAAUAAUUCCAGAUGUAAAAAUCAUUUCAGAUGAAGAUAUAAUAAACAAAGAUUUACUGGAUUUUGCAAAAGAAAUGGGAGAAAAAUUACAAUAUGAUUGUGAAGGAUUUUUAUCAAAUUCAAGACAAAAGCUUCAAUGUGGUAUGGCUGUUAUAGAAAUUGCACAAACCUUAAAAAAACUAUGGAUAUCAGGUUCUAAAAAUAAUAUUGCUUUUCAAGUUGAUGGUAAAUCAAGCAGUUUUUGUCAAGAUGUUGGUGGUCAAAGAGCUGAUAAAAAACACACUUUUGGAUGGAGAGAUCUAUAUGAUAUUGGUGUAAAGUGGAGACAAAUAUCAGAACCAAAUGAUCCAGUAUGGUGGGUAGAUUUGUUAAGUCCAGAACAAUUUAAUGAAGGAUUCGGAUCCCAUACCCCAAUUGUUACAGGCCAAUGCAAAGUAGUUAGAUAUUAUCCAAUGUUUGAAAAAUCAUUUGAAAUAAUGAAACUUUUAAUUCCAAUUCAACACAGUAGCUAUGUAGAUGAAAGUCCAACUUUUUUAAUGGAUCUCGACCGUGCUUCAACAUGCAAAGAUGUUUACAAGAUAAUGAAUAAAGAUUUCUAUGUAGUUACACCAUGUUAUGGCCUGUUCAGUGAAGGAAAGGUUAUGGAGGGUACUCGUUUAACAUUGCAAUAUAUUCACCCAGAAGGAUAUGAGUUUGCAAUACGUACACCAGGAACACCAGCUCGUUGGAAACAAUAUGAUGAAGAAAUGACAGUUGUAUUCAAUAAAAUUAUUGAAAAAGCUUUUACUUAUCACCAAUUAGAUAUGCGGGUAAAACACGAAACUGCAAAUCAUGGAAGUGCAAGUACCAAGUUACAAGAAAAACAAACAGAAAUCUUAAAUGAAUUAAGUGAUUUAAUUCUGGCUCUCACUUUUUAUUGGUAUAAUUUCAUGCCUUUAUCAAGAGGUUCAGCUGCAUUAGGCUUUACCACACUCUUGGGUUUAUUCCUCUCAUUAGAUAUCCAAAUAUCGUCAAAUAUUCCAAAAAAUCAACAACCAGAUUGGGAAGCAAUACUUAAACCAACUUCAUCAUCAUUCAUAAAUUGCACCAAACCUUGGUUAUAUCCAGCACGUUCAAAAUUCACAAAAUCAAAUAUUGUUUAUAAUAAUGAUAACUCAAUUUCAAAUAAUAUCAAUACAAUUAGAAAAAUGAUUCAGGUUUUAAAUUUAUCAUUAAAAUAA